AUGCUUGUAGAGGAAAUACCGAAAGGUCCCAACUCAAAUGGCUCAACAGUAUAUUUCACAUCACUAAUUAAUAUAUCUGCGCGGCCCAGGCAUCUUCGAGAUGCUCAAGGGGAUGAAGAACCUUUGUCAACUUCGAAUAUAAAUCGAGGAUCAAAGAAUAGACCAAAAGUGAACUAUAAUGUGAAUAAAUUAAUGUAUGCACAGACCCAGGCUGGUAUACAAAUUGCUGAUGGACCUACAAAGUCAGUACAACAACUUCAAAUUGAAAGAUUGGUACUUAAAAGGGUUAAUGAAUUGAACAAAGAAUCCACCGCAAGUUCAUUUGAGUUGCCUAAGGGCUUCUCGUAUCAUGCGUAUGGUGGAAGUUCUAAUAAGAAGAAAUCUCGACAAGGAAACACACCGACUACAAAGAGAAUAAUAUCUUCUAGGCGGAACCUUAAUCUGUAUUUCGAGGAAGAGAAAAACAUAAUGUGGAUAAACUCAAUUUUGAGCUUGAACUAUCAAUUUGUGGAAUCUAAAUCUUUUAAUGAUAAUGUUUCAAAAAGGAGAAGAAUUAAUGAUAAACCACCAAGAGCGAGGUUAAGACUUUGCUGUAUAUGUGGCGAGAAUUCAAACUAUUCGAGAUGUCAAAAUUGUGGCCUUUUUUCAUGCAGUGUUAAGUGCAACCUGCUACAUGAAGAACUGAGAUGUAACUAG